UUCUCCUCUCUCAAAAUGAAAAGCUUCGAUACGGUGCAUAAUCCAUCGGCGGUGGAAUACUGUGGCGCCAACUUCGACGAUGAUGGUCGGGAGAAGAGAACGGGGACGUUGAUGACGGCGAGUGCGCACAUAAUCACUGCGGUGGUAGGCUCAGGAGUGUUGUCGUUGGCUUGGGCUAUAGCACAACUUGGUUGGGUGGCAGGAAUAGUGAUUCUUAUAACUUUUGCCGUCAUCAAUUACUACACAUCCACUAUGCUCGCUGAUUGCUAUCGGUCGGACACCGGAACACGCAAUUGUACUUACAUGGACGUCGUCCGAGCUUACCUUGGUGGUAGUAAAGUGCAGUUAUGUGGACUGGCACAAUACGGAUGUUUCGUAGGGGUCACUAUUGGUUACACCAUCACUUCCUCCAUAAGCCUAGUAGCGAUCGGGAAAGCAAAUUGUUUUCAUGACAAGGGACAUGGUGCGAAAUGUUCUGUGUCGAGUUAUCCAUUCAUGGCGGCAUUUGGGAUCGUCCAGACUAUGCUUAGUCAGAUUCCUAGCUUUCACAAGCUCUCUUUUCUCUCCAUUAUCGCCACCGUUAUGUCCUUCUCUUAUGCGUCUAUCGGAAUUGGUUUAGCCAUGGCCGUUGUGGCAAGUGGGAACGGUAAGGUUGGUAAGACGGGGGUGACGGGCACAGUUGUUGGAGUGGACGUAACCGCGUCUGACAAAAUAUGGAAGUCGUUUCAAGCGACUGGAGACAUUGCCUUUUCGUACGCUUAUUCCAGUAUUCUCGUUGAGAUUCAGGAUACACUGAGAUCAAGCCCGCCAGAGAACAGAGUAAUGAAAAAAGCAAGCCUUGCUGGAGUCUCAACUACAACUUUUAUCUACAUGUUAUGUGGCUGCAUCGGAUACGCUGCAUUUGGAAACAAAGCCCCUGGAGACUUCCUUACCGACUUUUUUUAUGAACCUUACUGGCUCAUCGAUUUUGCCAAUGCUUGCAUCGUCCUCCACCUAAUAGCAGCCUAUCAGGUGUUUGCACAACCAAUAUUCCAAUUUGUUGAGAACGAAUGCAAAAAAGCAUGGCCAGAAAACAAUUUCAUCACCAAAGAACAUUCGAUGAACAUACCAUUCCUCGGAAAAUGGCGCAUCAACUUCUUCAGACUGGUGUGGAGGACAGCUUAUGUGAUUUUGACAACAGUUAUAGCAAUGAUAUUCCCCUUCUUCAACUCGAUCUUGGGCCUUAUCGGGGCCGCUGCAUUCUGGCCGCUAACGGUUUACUUCCCUGUGGAGAUGCACAUCUCGCAGAGAAAGAUUAAGAAGUAUUCUAUGAGAUGGAUCGGGUUGAAACUCCUUGUAUUGGUUUGUUUGAUUGUUACCCUCCUAGCCGCAAUAGGAUCCAUCGUCGGCUUGAUAAAAAGUGUCAUGGCAUACAGGCAUUUCCACAGUUAAGAUUAGUUUCUCGUAACCUAAGCUAUCUGAAUUUUUGUGGGAACUAUUUCUUUCAAGACAAAACAGUUCGUAUUUACUACCGCUACAUAUUGUUGUGCAUGUCUGUCUCGUGCGUCUUAUAUAAUUAACGGCGUUGACUUGAAUCCUUGCUUAUCCGGUCCUGUUUUGUCUGGUUUUUAGAACAUUGGUAUUAUGGGAGCAGUUUUACUUUGAAGUGUUCAAGGAAACAUUCAUAUUAUGUAAUGUUGAAAAAAAAACAAAUCAA